GCGAAAUUGAUCGACGCUGUGAAACCGAGGCGGGGGCCCGCUGGUAUACGCGCCAACGUUACAUACAACCAACCGUUGUACCGUUUUCGUGCCCGUGCACCGAAAUGGCAGUGGGAAAAUUUCCGGCCGAUACUUGGAACUGGCCGAAUGCCGAUUAAUACCGAUAUGGAUGCGAUAUAUCGGUGUACACGGUGGCCGAACGAAUCGGGAGUUAAUAACGUGGCGGUUGUUUGGAACGUAUAAACGCGAGUGCGAGGAUGGUUGUACCUCUCUGUACAUACGGUUUUGGAAGUGGCGGUUCAGUUGUUGGUUCAGUCCUUUUUUCGUACGGUUUUUUCCCUCCCCCUCCUCCUUCCUUUGGAAGGAGUUGGCGAGCAAAUUUGUCGUACAAUGUUUGGAUAUCCCGACCCGAAGGAACGACCUCUUGAAUUUUUCAUCGGCAAUUUGUUAAGCUUUCCCGCGGUCCGCGGCCGUUCACGAUCACGGACAAACGUUUUCCCCGGCGGCGUUUCUAUAUGGCGUUACAAAUCGGCCCGGGAUUCCGGGCGUGCCGGCUGAUUUGCGCUAAUCUCGAGAUCUGUCCAUGACGGAUUUGUCGCGGUCGAGGCCCUAAAUGGCUCGCUCCAAAGUCGGAGGUACUUUUUCCCCCUGUCUGAUUCUGAUUUUCUGGUGUCCACGAUACGUGAUUCGCGAUCAGGACCAGCACAGGCAAUAAAAAAAAAGAAAAAAAAAGAAAAGAAGAAAAAGAAAAAAAAGAAAAACGCCGCGAAGUGUUGCGCAAUCUCUACUCGCGAAUCCACCUUGUUGUUGUUGUCCACCUUGUUUUUUCUGUCUAUGGUCGUGAUAUACAAGCACAGCUGACUGAACCGUGUGCGACGCAAUCGCCUCAUGAAACGUGAUUUAUUUAUUCAAGAAAAAAAAGAAGGAUUUUUAAAUGGUAUUAAAUUAUAAGGAUAAUCUAAUCUGAGUCUUUCUUUGGGAGAACCUACAAUAACUUAGGCAGUAUAUCCGAAUGCAAGAACGGGGGAGUGUGCGUGAUAAACAAGAAGAACCGUACAGCGUGCAAGGCGUGUCGCCUUCGAAAAUGUCUGAUGGUCGGGAUGUCGAAAUCCGGCUCGCGGUACGGCCGUCGUUCGAACUGGUUCAAGAUCCAUUGCCUUCUCCAGGAGCAGACGAACGGGAAUCAGAGCGUGACGUCGGGCGGUGCAUCCCCGUUUGGGCCCGGCUUUCUUCCGGGAUUCCUGCCCCAGGCACCGGGCCAGCAAGCUAGCGGGAUCUACAAGGACGGGAAGGAUCGAGCCUCACCUAGUCAAGAAGACCUGGCCCUUCAAUCCCACUUGUUGCACGUGGCGAUGUUGAAACAGGAGCGGGACAGGGGGAACAAGUCCCCCCAUCCGGACGACGUGGCGCUGCAGAAUCAGCUCCGCCUGUUGGCAUGGCAGAAAGAGCGGGAGAGGGUGGGUGGCAAUCAACAGCCGCCCGGCACGCCGCCCAGGGACACUUUGACGCCGCCGUUCUACAAGCAGCAGCAACCUCAGCACCCCGUCUCCCCGAUACUGCCCAUGAACUUCACGCAAAAGGACGGUGUCCCUACCAGCCCGUCGGACGUGUUUCGACCUUUUCUACCCACCUACAAGAGGACAGCGGACACCCCGAGCGACAGCGGGGCGUCGUCCGUGGACGGGGGGGAUGGCCAGGACACCGAGUCGAGGAGUAACUCGGCGUUGAGCUACUUCAAGGCGAGCACCUCGUCGCCGACCUUGUCCGAACGCGAGUUCCCGGCGAAGAAGAUCAACGCCACCGUCACGUUGACGACAGGCUUCCAUCCUCAUUCCAGCCUGAGCCUGAUAUACCCGCCACCGGGUCUGAUCACGCCAGCGGCGUCCCAACUCUCUCCCAGAGGCGGCGAUCUUCUUCUGGUCAGCCCAAGUCCAGGUGGUCUAGCCGUUGAGCAGGACGAGCCGAUAGAUCUGAGCGUUAGAUCGACGCGAAGCUCCCCGAAACCAAGUCAAUCGGCAGAGGAGGAGAAUAGGUCGAACGACGUCGAGUGCGAUCGUGACAGCCCCGCGAAAGAGGAGACAACGACGAAGAGCAAGCCGUUGGACUUGACGUUAGGUGUGAAGAGGCCCGCGGAGUUGCCUAUGUCGUUGUGAACGGUGACCUUCGAGGACGUACUUGAAGGAUCACGAUGGGCUGGUCCCAGAACCAGUAUGGCGCGCAAUACUGGAUACGCAUCCGAAUGGUGUUGCCAAAUCCUCGUUCGACCCGAUUUCUUGAAUCGAUGGGUAAUGUCGAAGUAAAGAAGGGUGUCGAAAUACGAAGGAGAGAACACGUGGGAGCGAGAAGAGAAGUUGGAAGGAAGGAAGGAAGGGAAUGGUGGCAGAAAUCCAUCGCGAAAAUGUGUUCAAACUUGUACAUACGUAAAACGACAUCGAUCCGAUUCGGAAGACGAGAGAAAUUAAUUUAUUGUUGUGACCGAAUUAUAUAUAUAUAUAUAUAUACGUGGAUUGAGUAGUCUUUCUUCUUUUAAUUCUUCGCUUCGGACGUUGUAUCGCGUGCGCAGACGAGCAAAGAAGCAGGAGAACUAGGUGAAGUAAGUCCUUGUAUAAAAGUAACAAAAAAAAAAAGACCAUAAAGUCGCGGAUAUAUCGGCCAGUAGUGGAGUGCCUUAAUAUAAUAUAUUUAUAUUCCUAAAUAUCGUAUAUUGUAUAUGUAUAUUGUAUACUUGGAAUGGACCGCUUUAGAAUCAUUUUAUUUUUUUAUUGUUAAGCACGAUCCCCAUCGUGAAUUAUUAGUCAUUCAUCAUCGUACAGCGAAAUAUAUCGUGGUAAGCACGAAAUCGAUCGUCGAUCAGUGAUCAAAUCACGACGAUAUAGGCCAGUUAAUAAAAUCGUGCGAGAGAGAGAGAGAGAGUGUAUGUGUGUGAAAGAGAGAAAGAGAGAGAGAGAGAGAAAGAGAGAGAAGAGGAAAAAUGGAUGUAAGUUAAGAGGGGAGAGGAUUGCGAAUAAAAAAUAUCGCUUCUAUGCUUCCGCUUGGAUCUCUCGACUGGCGUUAAUUGGCCAACGUUUUUAUUCAUGCUCUACUCUUUCAAGAAUUCUUUAUAUUUCAGAUUUAUUUUUUUUUUUUUUUUUUUUUUCUGUACAUAAUAGCAUGUAAGCGGUGAAACGCACGAGCGGCCAGUAACCAAACAUAAAUGCGAAAUUAAAAUAUUUUUGUUUUAUCUAUUAAACAAGCUUCUGUGUAGUUUCUUCUAAAAAAAAAAAAACCUUUCUCUUCCUUCGUCACCUGUUUCGACGAAAAUAGAGGAAAUAUAGUUGUUUUUCUCUGUGUAAUACGAUUUUAAUUAUACUUUAUAUAUAUUCUUCUGUCCAUCCUGUCGUUCCAAAUACAUAAUAUCACAAUUACCGCCUUCCUCUCUCUCUCUCUCUCUCUCUCUCUCUAUGUGUAAUUCCAAAUUUCCAGGUAGUUGUUUCAAGCUAAUCCUAAAUGAUUCUUCGGAAACUUUUCCAAUUUUAACAUCUCUCUAAAUAUUAUUGAAAAUUUUCAAUUGAUUUUUCAAAUCAAAAAUCAUCAAUUUAAUCAAAUGUCCCUAUUACCUAGAAUUAUCUACAUCUAUGAAACUUUCUUUCAGGUAUCAUCCGUACCCUCUCACGAAUUUCACUAAAUUUCAACCCGGAAUAUAUAUAUAUGCAACAUUCAAUCCUCCAAAAAGUAGAAAGAUCGAUCGAAAUCCGGCAACGGUUCCACAUAUUAACCUUGAAGAUCGUUCGUCCACGCUUCGAUUACAUUAUGCGUAUAAUAUCCAAGCGUAUAUCUGUAGCGCAACGCAUCGACUCAUCGCCAUUAAUCAAUUGCAGCAGGAAGCUCGAGAGCGUUGCAAAAUCGUCGAGUUACGGAUAUCUGCCCACGCCGUGGUGGCCUUGCCGGGUCGAACGCGAUCGUCGCCACUACCUUCUCGUGUCCCUCUUCUGUGCCGUUCCUUUGCCCCACGUGAUGCAUCCUCUUCGCGCAAGCCUCGAUCAUCGAUGCUAAUCGACCGUACGUCCGAGCGAUAAUCGUUUUACGUAACCCAUCUAGAACCCAAGUAGAUGAAGAAGAAUUCUAACGAACCAUUUAAUUCACAACGUGAAGAGGCUUUCGUAUUGUAAGUUUGACUAAUCAGAAACAGGUGAAAAACAAGAGGUAAAUGUUCAACGCAUAGAACGAGAUAUAUAAAUAUGUAAUGUGAAUAGAUUUUAGAUUCGUUAAGAAAAGUUCCUCGAUAGGAAGAAGAUAGGAAGAAAAUUUUUCUGACGAUUUCUCCUUACGUGUUAUCACAAUUCUCAAUGAAACGAAGUGGAAUUUGGAAACUAUAUCUGAUAAAAAAAAGGAUAUACACGUUUCAUUGGAUAUAGGAGCCUCGAUAAUAAUUCCGUGAAAGUUUUGAAGAUGUGCAAGUUGUGAAAGAAGUUCCGUUCGGUUUUGCCUUCGUUAGAUGAUCCAAAUUCAUUAGGGGCAACUUUCAAGGAAAUGGCUAUAACUCACCGUACGGUAUGACGGUAUGGCUCGUACGAGGAAUCAUUCAUUUCACGCUGUAAUGUAUACGGGACAUAAAGGGACCACGUUCCGCGCGCGCGGUAGGUAUCGGCUCGAAAAAAGUGGUACACCCUGAAAAAUCGCGGCUACGUCCAAGUCGAUUUGUCCGACUAGGCGAACAGUAGAGAAUACACGCACGGAUAGGCUUUGUAUCGAAUAUAGUAUAUAUAUAUAUAUAUUCGAUAGUUAUAUCUAGUUUAGUCUCUGUCCAGCUCACCAGGGAAUAUUACCCAAGUAUGUUCGAGAUCGGUUUUGUUCUGUUAUAAAUACACGUAUCGGCGAGAAGAAAGAGGGCGACGGAUAUAUCGAGGAGUUUAGAUGUGGAAUUUUACUUGAGAUUGAUUAGUUUCUUGUUUGAAAGAUUUCUCUUGGGGAUUUCUUCUUUGGCGAUGUUUCUUAUUAGAUACGUUUGAAAUGUAAAGAAUAGAGAGAUCGAUUGUGAAAAGUUUCGAUUCCUGAACGAUGUCAAAAAUUUCAUCCUUUUACUUCCUUUCAUUUCCUUCCCAAUUUUUAAUUAAUUUCAACUUAACGAUACAAUAAAAAAUAUUAAUAAUUA